AUGAAACAGAUUGAGCCAUCAUACAGAGGCUCUCGGUGGUCACAAUGGUCCCUGCAUAACUCGGGGCUAUACUACUAUCGAGCUCGAUACAUAUCGUUAGAGGACAUCUCAUCCAUACGACCUACUGGUAGGGACUGGUUUGUUCCUAAUGUCCGAGGCGGAUACAUUCACUAUGAGUCCAGAGCCGCCAAUGAGGCCGAGGCCCAAAGUUCUUCCAGUCAAGCCCCGGAGCUUUCUACAUGCUAUACUGCAACUACACCAACAGCAAGUGGCCCGCCUGUUCCUUUACCAGUCGCAUCAGGUCAAACGAACGAUGAGGUCGUUGCUGCCGGGCCGUUGCCGGAUGACAGCAUGUUGAUGAGCGGCGCUUUGCAGACAGAAACAGAUAUGGCAAAAGCAGUGGUGGUUAUAUCAAGUCAAGUUCAACUCAAGCGGACAUCAACAACAUCAAAGAAACAGAAAGAGAAGAAGAAGCACGGAAAGAAGACAGAAGUGGAUAAACGAAAGCAGGUUAGCAAUAAGGCAAAGGUUAACAAAUGGCUGGAUGCUCUAUGA